CGCACUCUCCGCACAGGACUUCCCAUUGACUUUGCAAGACUGCAUUCAACCCACCACAAGUCCCAAGUUUCGGAGUGCACGGGAGAAGAAGCCCCGUAGUGUCGAUCUUUUUUAUUUGCGUAAUCUUUUAGAAAAGAAAAAGAGAAAAAAACACGAGAAGGGAUCCGUUUUACCUGUUGAUGAAGUCCCACCGGGCGUGGGACGCAGAGGAGCAGUCGGGUUUCUACCCAGAGAAGAAAAGUCUGAACUAGGUGCACCGUUCCAGUGGCCAGGAGGCGUGAAGGACCCUCGUAUUCCCCCCUUUCCCCCAGCAUUUACAGCCUGUGCUGGGUCGGUGGAAAAUGGGCACUCUGACCACUUCGAUCUGUGGACUUAUCCUCUCUUUCAUACUCACAUCGCAGCUUUUUACUGUGACACAGGCCUCCAAGGUAUGGGGAGAGGUUCCUCUGCCAGAAGAUUUGGAGGCAGAAAAAACUAUCCUGGGAUCUCAGAGUUUACUGGACGAUGAUGAGGACUUUGCAGCUGAUGAAGCGUCAGGAGACCAGCCCAGUGGAGAGGACUAUGGAAGCACACCGUGGCCUGAUAGCACAAUUUAUUACAGAGCUUCUGUCAACUUCACCUCCCUGGUUUACGGUCCUGAAUACGAAGAAAUCUUCUCUCGUGAAUUUGUCGAGCUUUCUGAAGCAGUGGUGGACACGCUCGAGUCAGAGUACAACAAGAUUCCAGGUGUCCAGACAGUCAGUGUGAUCCUUGUUAAAAAGGAGAUAAGAGAGGAUGGCGUUGAUGUAUUUGUGGAAAUAGAUGUGGGCUCUGAAGACAACACCAAUGAGGAACAGAUCCGCAGCGUGCUGUACAACGUGGUGAAGGAAGGAGCAAUUGCUUCCUACAGCACAUCAGUCCAGGGCUUCCAGUUCAGACGACUUGGAGUAGUAACCCCCAGUGUGAGACCCUGCAUGCCAGAUGAGCACAGGUGUGGUGAUGGGACAUGUAUCCUAAUGGAAUACCUGUGUGACAACCGACAAGACUGCAGAGACAUGAGUGAUGAGGUCAAUUGUGGGCCGAUUAUUCCGAUCAUCACAACCCCUGCCACCACAGUCGAUACAACCCAGAAGGUAGUAGGUCCCCCCGGCCCACCUGGACCCUGCAGAGUGGAUCAGGCUACAUGUCAGACUGGAGAGUGUAUACCUCGUGACUAUAUCUGUGACGGUCAGCGGGACUGCCCAGAUGGAAGCGACGAGUUUAGAUGUGGUACUCCAUCUCCCUGUGAACCCAAUGAGUUCAAGUGUAAAAACGGUCGCUGUGCACUCAAACUUUGGCGCUGCGAUGGAGACAAUGACUGUGAGGAUAACUCAGAUGAAACCGACUGUCCCUCCAAGGGCCCUGAUGACAGGUGUGCUCCUGAGCAGUUUGAAUGCCUGAGUGAUAACAAAUGUAUCCCAGCUAGUUACCAAUGUGAUGAAGAGCCAGACUGUGAAGACCGCUCCGAUGAGUAUGGCUGCACCCCUCCUGCUGUAACAAGCCCCCCAGAAGAGUCAGUUCAGGUUGCACGGGGAGCCACAGUAACAUUCACCUGUCAAGCUGUUGGAGUGCCAACACCCAUUAUCACCUGGAGACUCAACUGGGGACACAUUCCUACCAGCAACAGGAUUACCGUGACCAGUGAUAAUGGCCGUGGGACCCUCAUUAUUCGUGAUGUGAAGGAGUCAGAUCAGGGGGCGUACACAUGCGAGGCCAUUAAUGCUAAAGGCUUGGUGUUUGGCAUCCCAGAUGGAGUGUUAACUCUUAUUUCAAAUCCAAACCCAGGCAACUGUCCUGAUGGUCACUUUAGCGUGAAUGGCCGCUGUUUGUCCUGCUUCUGCGCUGGAAUCUCUAAAAAUUGCAAGAGCACUGGACGUUAUCGCAACCAUAUCAGUCUGCGUUUCACAGAGGAGGAAAACUUCAAAGGAGUGAAUGUUACCUACCCAUCGAGGCCUGGUACUCCUCCUCUUUCCUCCACUCAGCUCCUUAUUAACCCGGAGAUGGAAGAGUUCCAGCUUGUCGACCUCUCACGUCGUUUCCUUAACCUCGACUCCUUCUGGACCUUGCCUCGCCAGUUCCUGGGCAAUAAAAUCGAUUCCUAUGGAGGAUCAUUGAAGUUCAAGGUGCGGUACACACUAGCACGCGGAUUGUCCGAGUCUGUAGAGAAGCCAGAUGUGAUGCUGGUUGGAAAUGGGCGCAGGCUUGUGUACCGCAGAGGCAAUGGCACCCCUCCCAAUGUGGUCAACCAAAAGGAGAUUAGAUUCACUGAAGACAACUGGCAGCACACCAGUGGUCGUUUUGUGACCCGAGACGAGCUGAUGAUGACCUUGGCCAACCUGGAAAGCAUCAGCAUCCGCACCAACUAUGAUAACCACAUGGUCAGUGUGGCACUCAGUGACAUUGUCAUGGAUACCACGACUGUGGAGUUCAGCGUUUUGGGUCAUGCUAAGGACGUUGAAGAAUGCAGAUGUCCUCCUGGAUACACAGGCCUGUCUUGUGAGAUGUGCUCUGCUGGUUUCGAGCGUGUUCCCGGUGGCUUGUAUCUGGGAACCUGUGCUGGUUGUAAUUGUAAUGGACAUGCUACUGCCUGUGAUCCGAUCAGCGGACAAUGUCUGAGCUGCCAGCACAACACAGAGGGCCCUCAGUGCGACAAGUGUCGUCCUGGCUACUUUGGCGACCCAAGCCGAGGCCGCCCUGAUGAAUGCAAGCCCUGCCCUUGCCCAUACACUGAGACAUCACGACGGUUCUCUGACACCUGCUUCCUGAACAUUGACCAACAGCCAACAUGUGACGCAUGCAGGCCCGGCUAUACAGGAAGACGCUGUGAAAAGUGUGCUCCUGGUUAUCAGGGUAACCCUCUUCUGCCUAAUGGAAAAUGUGUUCCUGUCUCAAACCCAUCUACCAAGUGUGAUGAGAGAGGAAUUGUCAGCUCCAGCAGCGGGCCAUGCAGCUGUAAGAACAAUGUGGCAGGCGCUCUGUGUGACGAGUGCAAGCCUGGGUUCUUCCACCUAUCAGGGUCCAACGCUGAAGGCUGUCUACAGUGUUUCUGUAUGGGCGUCACCAAACAGUGUUCCAGCUCCACUUGGAAUAGAGAACAGGUGCGAGGCGGCGUAAACGGGCAGCUCUUCUCCCUCUCCAAUAGUGCCAACACUAAUACUAUAACUGAAGGCAUCUCACAGAGGGGCUCCUCUGGAGUUGUCUACCGUUUCUUCUCGAGUCUCCCUAAUGACAUCUACUACUGGGUCCUGCCUCAGAACUUCAGGGGAGAUAAGGUGACAGCUUAUGGCGGAGAGCUUCGCUACACAGUGAGCUUUGAACCAUUUCAGCGCUCUCGUGUGAUUGAUGGUCAGCCAGAUGUGGUUCUCCAAGGCAAUGGAAUCUUCCUGGAACACUACGCUCAAACCAGACCGCUCCCACGUUUCCCACAAAUUGUCACCGUGACCUUCCGAGAGUCUGAAUGGCGUCGUGCUGACGGACAGCCGUGUACUCGUGAGCACCUACUGAUGGCGCUGGCAGACGUUGCUGUCUUCAUGAUCAGGGCCAGCUAUGCUGACAAUUUGGCUGAGAGCAGUAUCUCAGAUAUCCAGAUGGACAUUGCUGUCCCUCACUCAACUGGGUAUGAACGUGCUCUGGAGGUGGAAGAGUGCGCCUGCCCUCAAGGAUACAGAGGACCGUCUUGCCAGGAAUGUGACGAAGGGUACACACGGACUACCUCUGGGCUUUACCUGGGCACUUGUGAGAGGUGUGAUUGCAAUGGUCACGCCAGCAGCUGUGACCCGGAGACCGGCAGGUGUCUGCAAUGUCUCCAUAACACUGCUGGCUCAAGAUGUGAGCGCUGUCAAAAUGGUUUCUAUGGAGACCCUGUCACGGGUGGUGCUCAGGCCUGUAAGCCCUGCCCCUGCCCUGGAAUCUCUUCUAAUAACCAAUUCUCUACGACCUGCUAUCUGGAUUCUGACGGCCAGCCGACCUGUGACAACUGUCCUCUUGGAUUCACUGGCCGACGCUGUGAAAGAUGUGCUCCAGGAUACACUGGUAAUCCACUGCUUGGACAGAGCUGUAAAGUUGGAAAUGGACCUGAUGAGUGCUAUAACUGUGACCAAAGAGGGCGUGAAAGCUGCAAUAGCGGUGUGUGCAACUGCAAGAUGAACGUUGAAGGCCAGUAUUGCUCCACCUGCAAGACUGGGGCCUUCCAUCUGAGCCAAGAAAACAAAGAUGGCUGCCUGUCCUGCUUCUGUAUGGGUGUCACUCAGCAGUGCUCCAGCUCAACCUACUACAGAGAUCUGGUGUCCUCAGUCUUUUCUCCAGGGAACUUCCAGGGAUUCGCUCUGGUCAACCGUCAGCGCACCAGUCGCAUUUCCACUGGUUUCACUGUAGAGAUUUCCACUGAAGGCACUCAGCUGUCCUACAGUAACUUUGACUACCUGGGACAGGAGCCUCACUACUGGCAGCUUCCAGGAGUUUACCAGGGUGAUAAGGUGGGGUCCUAUGGUGGAAAACUUAAAUACACCAUUUCCUAUGUGGCUGGUCCAAGAGGGACACUCCUUGACGAUGCUGACAUUCAGAUUAUUGGUAAUGACAUCACCUUGGUAGCCCGUCAGCCUUGGCAGCGGAGGCAACAGGGCAGAGAGAUGAAUACAUUUGAGAUCGUCUUCAGAGAGGAAAAUUGGCGUCGACCUGAUGGCAUGAUUGCCACUAGAGAGCACCUGAUGAUGGUUCUGGCUGAUCUCGAUGACAUCCUGAUUCGAGCAUCCUACUCCACAGAGAUGCGCUCCUCCAGCAUCUCUGACAUCAGCAUGGAGGUUGCUGUGCCCAACUACAGCGGCUUGGCACAGGCCCUCGAGGUGGAGCAGUGCCGAUGCCCACCUGGAUACCAGGGACUCUCCUGCCAGGACUGUGCUCCUGGCUAUACCCGCACUGGUGGUGGCUUGUACCUGGGUCACUGUGAGCUCUGUGAAUGCAAUGGUCACUCUGACUCCUGUCACCCGGAGACCGGCAUCUGUUCAAGCUGCCUACAUAACACUCAGGGUGAGCUCUGUGAGCAGUGUGCUCCUGGUUUCUUUGGUGACCCCACUGUUGGCACUCCAGAAGACUGCCAGCCAUGUGCCUGCCCUCACACUGACCCGGACAACCAGUUCUCCCCUACCUGUGAGAGCCUUGGAAACGGAGGUUACCAGUGUACUGCCUGUCAGCCUGGCUACACUGGCCAGUACUGUGAACGUUGUGCUCCUGGAUAUGUUGGAAACCCACAGGCAAGAGAGAAGUGUCGUCCAAAUGAUGUUGCAGCCCCACUCGUAGUCAGAAUUUAUCCAGAGAGAGUCCUAGUGCCACAGGGAAACCCUGUCACUCUGCGGUGUCAGGUGUCUGGAUCACCUCCACACUAUUUCUUCUGGUCGAGAGAAGAUGGACAGCCAAUCUCCAGCAGUGCUGACAGACGUAGACAAGGAGCAGAACUGUACUUCACCAGCGUCCAGCCGAGGGAUGCCGGUGUCUACAUCUGCACCUGCCAAGACCAGCGCGGCACUAACAGGAGCCACGCUGAAAUUGUUGUCACAAGUGUCCCUUCCAAACCUAUCGAGGUAAUCGUUGAAGAGCCCAAAUCCCAGACUAUAAGGGUCGGGUCUACUGUCCAGUUCAUCUGUACUGCACAGAGCAAGUCACCAGCCUACACCCUGGUCUGGACUCGAAGCGGCAAUGGGAAACUUCCCAACCGUGCCAUGGACUUCAACGGCAUCCUAACAAUUCAGAAUGUCCAGCCUGAAGAUGCAGGUGUCUACAUUUGCACAGGUUCCAACAUGUUUGGCAUGGACGAGGGCAGAGCCAUCCUCUACGUGCCAGAGGCCUCACAGACUCAGAUGUUUUACACAUCCUAUGAAAUGUUUGAAGGACGCAGACAUACUGCAGAGGGGGCCCGGCCUCUGGCCACUGUAACUCCCUCAGUGCUGAACGUCUAUCAAGGCCAGAGGGCAGAGUUCCACUGCACAGUAACUGGAAACCCAACCCCUGCCAUCGAAUGGAUUGGAGGUCCAGGUAACCGAAUGAGUCCGAGAGCAGUGAUUCGAGGUGGCAUACUGACCUUCACGUCAGUGGACUCAGCUGAUGAGGGAGACUACACCUGCAAGGCCCUAAACACGCAUGGCGAGCACACAGCGCGGGUUUCUCUCCUUGUCCAAAACUCUAACCCUAGCGGUCUAGGCACCCUACCUCAAGUCCAAGUCAGUCCUCAAAAUACUGAAGUCCAAGAAGGUGACACGUUGAGGUUGUACUGCAGAGCAUCGGGAUCACCCACCCCGAAGCUCACCUGGCUGAAAAAUGGAGGACAAAUCCCCCCUCAGGCUAUUCCCUCUCACGGUUUCCAUCAGUUUAAAAGCAACAGUCUCGAUGUGUUACAGAGACGUAUUGAGGAGCUGCAGGCUCGUAAUGACCGCACCGACAUCGGUACUCUGUUCAUCCCUAAUAUCAAAGUGGCCGACUCCGGUACUUAUAUGUGUGUCGGCAGCAACAGCGUUGGCUCAAAUAGUGCUCCCAUUAAAGUCAGCGUGCACAAAGCUGAUCAUAGCUAUAAUGUGGUGAGCAUCCAACCAUCCAUAGCUGAUGUCCAAGUAGGCCAGAAUCUGGAGCUCAAUUGUUUUGCGCCAGGAAAUCCUCCUCCCCCUGUCAUCUGGACCAAAGCUAGUGGACACCUCUCUGCCAAUCACCAGGUUGUGGGCAGUCAGCUACGAAUCCUGUCAGCUACCGCAGACGACUCAGGAGAGUAUAUCUGUCGCGUACAAGGAAACCCCGGCGGCUCUGGAUCUCAUGUCCAUCAGGCCUCUGUCUCUGUGUCUGUUACUUCGUCUUCUUCACGCCAGCAGAGCCCAAUCAUUGCCAUUGAACCCCACAGCGCUGCGGUGCGUGUAGGGGAGUCAGCCAGCUUCAAAUGCAAUGUGUACAGUGGAGCCCAGCCUGUUAGACUGGAGUGGAAACUGGCCAGUAACAAGCCACUGCCAGACAAUGUCAAAGUUAGCUCUGAUGGUUCUGUUAUUACCAUUACCAAUGCACGCACCAUCAACCAUGGUGCCUAUCGCUGUGUGGCAAGCAACCCAUUCGGCAUCACGCACACCAUAGUGUCUUUGAUUGUUAAGGAGGCUCCUGUGGCCACGGUAACCCCUGUCGGGCCUGUGCAGAUUAGGGUGGGUGAGCCCAUUAACCUUGAAUGCCAAGCUUCAGGAGAGCCCCGCCCCUCGGUUUCAUGGCACAGGCUUGACAACAACCGCAAGGUAAUACUGAGCAGUCCUGUGCCCAUGGAGUCCAACGCAGUCAUGCAGAUACUAGCAGCACGUCCAGAAGACAGUGGCACAUAUGUGUGUGCAGCUCGAAACAAUGAAGGUACUACUGAGACCAGGGUGGAAGUAGUUGUCGAGGGAGGAUCCCAGUUGCCUACAGUGCCCAGGGCCUUUGUUCCUGAACCGCUUAUGAUUGUAGUGGAGGGUCAGACUGCAACACUGCGCUGUGAGGCCCACGGCUUCCCUGCCCCAGAAAUCAAGUGGACCAAGCUGCGGUCCCCUCUGCCUUGGGGGAACAGGAUUGUGAACAACAGCUUGGUGUUGCAAAACGUUGGCAGACAAGACUCUGGAGAAUACAUUUGCAGUGCCACCAACAACAUGGGAACCACUGAAGUUACCAUUACGUUAGAUGUAGAGACUCCUCCAUAUGCCACCUCUGUGCCUAAUGAUGUGGCUGUGCGGGUUGGGGAGGUGAUCAGGUUGCAAUGCCUGGCCCAUGGAACUCCUCCUUUGACCUAUACUUGGACCAAGCUGGAUGGAAACCUCUCGCCAAGGGCUGAGGUUAGGGAAGGGGACCUCCAGAUAAACCUAGCUACCUCUGAGGAUGCUGGAAACUACAAGUGUGUGGCCAGCAACAAAGUGGGCAACAGUGAAGUGAUUGCAAAAGUCACAGUCAGAUCUCCGUUGGCAGUGCGUGUAGCACCACAGGUUGAAGUAAAAGCCCAGGGCAGUGCUGUGGAGUUCACCUGUUCAGCAGCAGGUGGUGUAGAAACCAAGAUUGAGUGGCUAAAGGAAGGAGAAGCCCUGCCACCAAACAGCCACAUCAAGGAUGGAGUGCUCAGGAUUGAAAACCUAGAGCAAAGCAAUGAAGGUGUUUAUAUCUGCCGAGCCAGCAGCGUGUAUGGUCAAGCACAGGACUCUGCUCGUUUGACAAUCCAAGCCUUGCCAAAGGUCAUGAUCAAUGUGCGUACCUCAGUGCAGACAGUUAUGAUUGGGAACUCUGUGGAGUUUGAAUGCCAGGCUGUUGGUGACCCAGAGCCCACAGUAAAGUGGAGCAAAGUCGGUGGGUCUCUGCCACCUCACAUUGUAGUGAAGGGUGGCAUGCUGAAGAUUGAACAGGUGACAGAGGCCGAUGCUGGACAGUACCGCUGCACAGCCACCAAUGAUGUGGGCUCAGUACAGUCUCAAGUGGUCCUGAAUGUCCAGUCCCUUCCUCAAAUUGCUGCUCUGCCAAAAACGAAGGAGGUUGCGGUCGGGUCAGAUGCAGUCUUGCCUUGUGUGGCCUCAGGAUAUCCCGUUCCUGAUAUCAAAUGGUCUAAGCUUGAUAGGGAGCUUCCUGCUAAGUGUUUCCAAGAAGCCAACGUGCUGACAGUUCCUCGGGUCACCCAUGAGGAUUCUGGCACAUAUGUCUGUACAGCCUCAAACAAGCAGGGCAAAGUGGAGUCCUUUACUACACUUGAAGUCCAUGAGAGAGUGAUGCCAUAUUUUGCCCAGGAACCCUUGUCGUACCUCACCCUGCCAACAAUCAAAAAUGCUUAUAAAGCUUUCAAUAUUAAGGUCAACUUUAGACCUGAUAACGUUGAUGGUCUCAUAUUGUACGCUGGUAUGAUUCUCUACAAUGGCCAAAGAAGGACUACAGGAGCUGACUUUAUCUCUCUGGGGCUUGUGGGUGGCCGCUUGGAAUUCCGGUUUGAUGUGGGCUCUGGCAUGGCCACCAUACGUGACCCGCACCCUAUUAAACUGGGAGAGUUUCACACAGUUGAGCUGCAUCGCAACCUCACCCAAGGAUAUAUUAUUGUAGAUGGAGGAGAGCCCAUCAAUGGCAGCUCACAGGGCAAGUUCCAGGGUCUGGAUCUCAAUGAGGAGCUGUAUGUGGGUGGUUAUCCCAACUACACACUCCUCGCCAAAACUGCUGGAAUUAAGACUGGUUUUGUGGGCUGUAUUCGUCAGCUAUUCAUCCAGGGUGAGGAAAUCAUCUUUAAAGACCUUGACCGCAGCUCUACUGGUGUGACAAACUGUCCUACCUGCGAAGAUAAACCAUGCCAGAAUGGCGGGAUGUGUGAGGAUUCAGAGGCUAGUUUGUAUAAGUGCAGCUGUCCCAGAGGAUUUACAGGCAGCAACUGUCAGCACCACUCUUCUCUCCACUGUCACUCGGAGGCCUGUGGACCAGAUGCUACUUGCAUCAACCGCCCGAAUGGCCUUGGCUACGACUGCCGCUGCCAUCUUGGCAAAUUUGGGGAUAAAUGCAUGGAUGGGGAACUGGUUACCACGCCACUGUUUGAUGGUGUGGAGUCAUACAUCGCCUAUCCUCCUCUGACCAACAUCCAUGAUGACCUGCGUGUUGAGCUGGAGUUCAAGCCAGUGCAGAGAGAUGGCCUGAUGUUCUUCUGUGGUGGGAAAAAAAUGAAGGUGGAGGAUUUCGUCGCCAUUUCCAUGGUGAAGGGACAUGUAGAGUUUAGAUAUGAACUGGGCACAGGCCAGGCGAUACUUGUCAGUCCUGAGCCAGUCUCUCUGGGGCAGUGGCACAGAGUUGUGGCUGAGCGGAACAUGAGGGAUGGCCACCUGAGGGUCGACCAAGGUCCAGUGGAGAGAAAGACAUCUCCAGGCAAAGCCCAGGGCCUCAAUAUCCAAACCCUCAUGUACAUAGGAGGAGUGCCCAACAUGGACAUCCUCCCUAAGCCUGCUAAUGUCAGCGACAUGUUUGAGGGCUGCAUAGGAGAGGUUUCCAUCAACAACAAGAAGGUGGAUUUGUCCUACAGCUUCACAGAGAGCAGAUCUAUCAGUAAAUGUGUGGACAGCAGCCCAUGUGACCGGCGGCCCUGUCUGAAUGGUGGUCACUGCAUGUCUAGUGCUGAGUAUGAGUACCAGUGCCUCUGUAAGGAUGGAUUUGAAGGUGAACGGUGCGAGAUAGUGAAGGACGCAUGCUAUAGCAAUCUUCAUUGCCAGAAUGGAGGCAUCUGCAUCAACAGCCAGUGCGUGUGUACACCUGGGUACACAGGUCUCAACUGUGAGGAAGUAUUAUCAGGCCAGGUCGUCAGCUUCCCAGAGGCCCUGAGGAAUUUGGAGUCUAGCGAGGCGAAUGAUUCACCCUAUCAGUAUGCAGCUCAUUUCAACAAUAAUGGAUACAUUGAACUUCCUAAAUCCAUUUUCCCAAGAAGUGCCCACGAUUCACCAGAAACAAUUGAAAUGGAGAUCAACACCAGCUCCUCUGACGGCCUGAUCCUAUGGCAGGGAGUGGAGACCAAUGGUGCACGCAUUUUGCGAAAGGUGCAUGUUAUUAAAAAGGAACCUGGAGAACAUGGCAAACGCAAGGACUUUAUUAGCCUCGGCCUACAGAAUGGACACCUUGUUUUCAGUUACCAACUGGGAAGUGGAGAGGCACAAAUCUUAUCCGAAAGGUCAAUCAAUGACGGCAGAUGGCAUAAGAUCACAGCAGUCAGAACUGGAAAAGUUGGCUAUAUCCAGAUUGAUGGAGGAGCCAAGAAAGCUGGAGAAUCUAAAGGCAAAAGCCUCAUGGUCAACACCAAAGGCAGUAUAUAUCUUGGUGGAGCCCCAGAUAUGACUGCCAUGACAGGAGGGAAGUUUUCAUCAGGAAUGAAGGGCUGUGUGAGGAACCUGACACUGAUGAAUGCUCGGCCCGGACAGCAGCCAGCCCAGGCCAUUGACCUGCAAGCCCACGCGGCCCAUGGCAUCAACGUGCAGCCAUGCUCUUCGUAGACUGCUGCACACACGUACACAAACACACAUAGAGACUUUGGAGUGACAUCAUACACACACACACACAGCAGACUUACACAAAAAGACUUACACAAAUAGAGCCUGACACAUACUUGGUGCUUUGCUGCUACCAAAAAAAAAAAGAUUACACAACAAGAUGCAUUUCUCUGUGUGCAGUAAAACCAAAAAAAGACAGAAAAAUUCAGACAAUAUUAACAAGUCUUCUCUUCCUCGGUGUUGUAUUCUUAAUGAAGGACUAUUAACACAGGAAAACCAGUACAGUUUACAUACUUCCAGCAGUAGAAUUAGCCAUGAGAAAAGUAAAACAUAUUAGGCCUUCUACGAUGGGUCAGAUCCUAAGGAGGUGGAGAUGUUUUUACAGCACUGAAUUUUUAUUUAUAUACAUAUGAUUAUAUAUAUUAUAUUUGUGGGGGAAAACAUGCAAACUAACCAUAACUGGUCUUCAUCUUUCCUAAAAAUUUGUUCUGGGUUCUAAUACUCUGUGUCCUGGGCUUUUUAAAGGCCUAACCAUAUUAAUACCUGAAGACUUUUAGGCCUUCUUUCUUCACUUCUGUAGAGGAACCUUUUCAUUGCGAGCAUGCUUACAGUCUUUUCUAAAGCGUUGGGAGAGGAGUGCACAUGGUCACAGUCACUUGCAGCUUCAGCACACAACUCAGGACGUCAAAUACAAAUGAUUAAAAGCUAAGGUUAUAAGUACCGCUGCUUCAGCUUGGCUUAUUGUUGCUUCACUAGUAAUUCGCUGUGCUGUUUUGUCUUCUGUCUGUAUUUUUUUUUUCAAAGAAAGAAAUCUUGGUGCUAAGGUGAGACAUUAAAAUACAGCACAUAGUCAAAUAGUUAAUAUGUCACAUGUAGAGGUUUUAUUUAGUAAUUUGGCAUAGAUCAGCAUACAGUCAUUACUUUUGUUGAUGUGCAUGGCAUUUGGGAUUGAUUUAUUGGCGGUAUGGCAUUGUUUGUUGCCUCAACAGCCUUAUUUGAUUGAGUAGAUCUCAAAAAAGGAGUUUAAGUGAACUGAAAAUGUGUCAUUUUUUAUGUGUGGUUAUUGAAGAUAUUGUUUCAUGUGUUAAACUAUCUGCCAGUCAGGUAGAUAUCUGUGUCAACUAAGAAUGAGUGUAUAUGUGAAGUAAAUUUGUUUGUUAUGUAUGUUUUAGACCUUUUCGUUUUUUCACAGAACACUCCACAUUCAGCCGCAGUAAGGGUCAGAUGUGUGCAUCUGGGUUUGUGUGCGUGUGCAUGUGUCAUUAUCCAUAUCCUCAGGAGGAUCAAUGCAGAACUGCCUCAAGGUUUUACACAGGUUUGGUAGCUUUAGAGACACCUCGCUAAGCUAUAAAACUCUGAAGGCUCUGUGGUUCUAUGGGAUGUUUUCUCUCCAAAGAGAGAUUCAUCUGCAGCACAUAGUUGGAUUCGUGUUUGGCCAUGUGUGAAUGCAGUGGAAGCCUCCUGCAGGUGCUGUGAUCAAUAGUGUAGCUCUAAUAAAAUAAAGCAUGCUCGCCCGCCUUUAGUUGACCACACCACACAAUGGCACGAUCACUUUGGGACAAACCCUUUUCUUGGUUUUUUUUUUUUGUUUUUUUGUAAGCUUAAAAUAUUUGUAUUAAUAUCCUAAAAUGAGCACCAUCCUUUCACAUAGAGUUGAACCAUUUUAAUUUAUUUUGUGUUUUUCUUUUCUUCCCUGCUUUUUUAUUGCUUUCUAGGCUCGAUUCUACCGUUUUAGAACAAUCACAGAAGCUUGCUACUUUCUUUUCUUUGGUUAUUGUGUAUUGCCUCCCACACCCUGUUGUUUUUCUCCUGAUGUUCGAUUUCAAUAGGGCCCACCUGGAAACUUCUUCAAAAAUGACCCCAACAAGGUUCCAUUAAAGGUUAACGUGAUAUUUGACUGGAGCUUCCUGGUCAAAUGGAUGAAAAGUGGUCUUAUUAUUCACUAAUUGAAAAAAGUCUUAGGCUCCAAAUGUAUGAGUGCACAGAAUGAUGUCAUCAUGAACAAGUGGGAUGAAGAAAGCUAACGCUGUGGUCCAGGUUAGGACAUUAAAGCAGAUAAUGAUGGUGUGGGUGCCUUCUGUAUAUCUGCUCUUAAACUGGAUUUUCACACAUACACUGUACACUGUCACCAAAUGCGGUUAGUGAGAAACUGAUGGCUGCUUUUGGUUUAUUUUACUCCAUUACAAAUAAAGAAAGGUGCACUUUUGGUUUUGGAUUUUAUCUUGCUGUUUUUCUUUUUGUUUUUUCUUUUUUCAUUGAUCAUUUUACUCCUUCACUUCUGAGCGGCAGACAAAAGCAAAUUCUUACUGUAUCAGAUAAAUGAAUGAAAGUGUACCAGCUGAAAAAUGUCUAUGUCAAGAUGACUUGACUGUUUCAUUUCCAAUGUUUAAAGAUGCUCUUCUUGCCCUUGGUGUUUCUUAAUUAAAAACAAAAUUCAUGUGCUAUU